GUCCCCGGCCGCAGCACCAAGGGGCGAGCAUGGCCCGCCCGCGGGGGGGCCGGGCCGCCGCGCACGCCGCCUGCGCCCCGCGCCCUGCCCAGCCCGGGUCACCGGCGCUCGCGCUCGCUGCUUAGCACUCGGGCGCCGCUCGCUUCUCCGGGCAUCGCGGAAAUACCGCCGCAGACGGACACAAUGGCGGCGACUGCCGCCACCACGGCCGCCACCGCCGGCACGGCCGCCUGCAGCAGCAACAGCAGCAGCACCGGCACCGACGCCGCGGGCACCAGCAGAUUGCAGCAGCCGCCUCAGCAGCCCCAGCCCGCGGCCGCCCCGCCGGCCCAACCACCGCCGCCCGAGCCCCCCAGGAAGCCGCGCAUGGACCCGCGGCGCCGCCAGGCUGCCCUCUCCUUCCUCACCAACAUCUCGCUAGACGGACGGCCGCCGCUGCAAGACGAGGAGUGGGGCGGAGGCGAGGAGAGUGGCGCGGCCAAGCCCGGCGCCGGCAGCGCCUGCGGCGCGAGGACUCGGCUCAGCCUGCUCGCCGCCGCCGAGCGGGGCGGCUGCAACGCGCUCGCUGCAGCGGGCACGGCGGCGGCGGUAGCAGCUGGAUGGGGCCCCUGCCUCCCGCAGCCUUCGCCGCUGCCGCCGCUGGCCCCCGGCGGCCACGCUCCGGGGUCCGGUCCCGGGGCGGCACGGGGCUUCGUGAGCUCUCUGGGCGCUGGCCGGGCGUCGGGGGAGCAGCUACAGCCGCCCCGGUCUGCGCCUUUCGCCUCCUGUGCUUCGCCGCAGCUGCCCGACGGGCCCGGGGACGGCGGGCAGGAGGAGUUGGAGGAGGACGAUGCCUUUUCCAGUGUGCAGGUGCCGACGGCCGCCUUCUUGGCCUCCGGGACCCCCGGGAGUGGGAGCGGCAGUCGAGGUCGCCUCAACUCGUUCACUCAGGGAAUCCUGCCCAUCGCCUUCUCCAGGCAGACCUCGCAGAACUACUGCUCCCUGGAGCAGCCGGGCCAGGGGGCCAGCACCAGCGCCUUGGAACAGCUGCAGAGGUCCCGACGUCGCCUCAUUUCCCAGAGAUCAUCCUUGGAAACCCUGGAAGAUAUUGAGGAGAAUGCCCCUCUACGGAGAUGUCGAACUCUCUCAGGUUCGCCCAGACCAAAGAACUUUAAGAAGAUUCAUUUUAUCAAGAACAUGCGGCAGCACGAUACCAGGAAUGGCAGAAUAGUCCUUAUCAGUGGCAGAAGAUCCUUCUGUAGUAUAUUUUCAGUGCUGCCCUAUCGUGACAGUGCCCAAGCAGGGGAUUUGAAGUUGGAUGGAGGGAAACAGUCAACAGGUGCCGUGAGCUUGAAAGAGAUCAUUGGCCUUGAAGGCGUGGAGCUGGGAGCUGACGGGAAGACUGUUUCUUACACCCAGUUUCUGUUACCCACAAAUGCCUUCGGAGCCCGGAGAAAUACCAUAGACUCCACCUCCUCCUUCUCCCAGUUCCGUAACCUGAGCCACCGCAGCCUCUCCAUAGGACGCGCAAGCAGCACCCAGGGGAGCCUCGACACAGGUAGUGACCUGGGAGACUUCACGGACUAUGACCCAAAUCUCCUGGAUGACCCCCAGUGGCCUUGUGGCAAGCACAAGCGAGUUCUGAUCUUUCCUUCAUACAUGACAACCGUCAUUGACUACGUGAAGCCCUCAGAUCUCAAGAAGGACAUGAAUGAGACCUUCAAGGAGAAAUUUCCUCACAUUAAACUAACACUCAGCAAAAUAAGGAGUCUAAAGCGAGAGAUGCGGAAGCUUGCCCAGGAGGACUGCGGCUUUGAGGAGCCCACGGUGGCCAUGGCCUUUGUCUAUUUUGAGAAGCUCGCCCUCAAGGGAAAGCUAAACAAACAGAACCGGAAGCUUUGUGCUGGAGCAUGUGUACUAUUAGCAGCCAAAAUCGGAAGUGACCUCAAAAAACACGAAGUCAAGCAUUUAAUUGACAAACUGGAAGAGAAGUUCCGGCUGAAUAGACGAGAACUGAUUGCCUUUGAAUUCCCAGUGUUAGUGGCCUUGGAGUUUGCUCUUCAUCUGCCGGAGCACGAGGUCAUGCCCCAUUACAGACGCCUGGUGCAGAGCUCCUAGCACAGGCCCUAAGAAGGGCCAGGGACCACUUCCUCCGAGCUUGCAGAACAGCACUUACUACUGGAAAUGCAAAAAUAGAACUCGACAUACCAGCCUUUUUUCCUCUCCACAUGUUUUCGUGUAGGGCAGUACCGGAAACUUUUCAGGGAGUCUUGGUCUGGCUAGCUGGGAUGACCCACGAGCAGUUUAUUACUCAGCAGGGGAAGGGGAGAACCGUGCGUAAGAUGGCACAGGGCCUUUCCCCUGGCGACACUCUGCAGCUGUCCCCUCCCUGCUGUUCUUCCCGGGCAUGCACAGACCUCGCCAGUGCGGUGCAGGGCCUUCUCUCCAGAGCCUUCUCUCCAGACCUGGUCCAACUCAGUGCAAAGUUCUAGAGCAGAGCGGGGAGGAGAAUUUGCAGCAGCUGGGGGAACGCUUUGAAAACAUACCCUCACUGUGUCAAAAGAGUGUGCCAAUCUGUUUUCGUAUCAGCUCUUGGAAAUGCACUUUCCCCCGGAGCGUGUGAGUGUGAGAAUGUGUGUGUCUGACAGAUACCACGUCAGCCCUCGGCCCCCAAAGCCGGUCCCGCCCGCCAGAGAGCAGACCUCCACCUGGGGGUCGUGAGCCAGGCUGACCUUCAGCAGUUAGUUCUAGAUCAGCUCCGGAUCGUAAUCACUCUCCGCUCCACACCAGAUUGUCUGGCAUCCCCUGCCCUUAGAAGGUGACAUAGUUUCUGUUAAUGCUCCUACCACCAACGGGACAAAGAUGACAAGUUCGCGGUGUCGGGUCAUGUGGAAAGGCAUGGAGCGUGGUGCUCUAUACCUUUCUGCUGCCACACCUUGUGUAUGCGUUUGACCUUCGCACUUUUCCCACCGUGGAGACGGCUGGGGUUGUGCUCCGUGGUGUGUGUUCCUGUACUCUAUGUUAGAGUGCGUAAUAAGCACGUUUAUUGUGCUAUAUAUAUAUAAAUGUUUUAUAAGAUUCCAGAAUAGAGGUUAAGACGCAUGAUGGGUGUUUCGAGGCUUCUGACCUCUGGGAUAAACUGCUCUUGAGCUGCGGUUCGGUCACCUGAGGAGGCAGCGACGUAUCUGCCACAUAAGGCUGGCUGUGCCGAAUGGGGACUGUAGCUUAUAUGGACUGGCUGGGAUGACGUCACCACACCAUCCCCUCGCAGCCACGAGAGGUGCCUGCUGGAGUUCACCUGACAAGAAAGCCUGUGGCCAUGUAAAAAGAAUUAAAAUAUUUUGUUUCUAUAUA